CAAACAUUCAUUCUCUCCAUGAUACGACACUCGGGAUAUUCUGCUAGCUUAGAGCAAAUCGACAAACACUGAACGUUUUGAAUCUCUUGUAACUUUUUAGGGAACUUUCACAUUUACGAUGUCUGACGUUGUCAUUCUAUCUGCUGCAAGAACUCCUAUUGGUAAUUUAUUUUAAAAAACAAUAACACAGGAAAAUUGUACUGAAUCAUUGCAUGGCUCAAACUUGAAUGGAUUUUUAAAAUUAAACACUGUAACUGUAAAAAUUACUUUAAAAAAUAAUACGAGUACUCACUCACGGAGUAGUGCGCUUUUUGUGUGGUUUUUCUCUUGUCAAAAGUUACUGAUACUGAUACUACUAGGCAUAACAUAGACUACAGGCUUAAGGUUUAGAUUUACACUCUUCAAAAGCAAAAUUUGGCAAAGCAAUUCUUUAAUAGUGGCUAUGAUUAUGAUGAGGCUAAGGCUAAUGUCACAAAAAUAUUGAAUAAUCAAUAAUGAGAUUCAGAGUUAACUAUGGCCUGCCCUAUCUCUGCCUAUAAUAAGUUAUUCUAAUUCCAAGUUCUAACACUCUAAUCCUAUAUAUUAUAUAGGCUAUAGUUAACAAUAGACUAAUGUUGUCUAUAUAUAGUCAGAAUAGUUAUAUUAAAUAGUUUAAUUUAGGGACAUUAUAAUUAUAAUCAGUAUAUUAAUUACUAAUUAGUUAAGUUAUCUAAACUGUGCAUUUUGUCAAAUUUUGUCAUAACUUAGAAUUAACUAACAAUAAGCAAUAACUACUAAAGACUACUUGGAGUCAACUAGGACCACAUUUUUUGUGACUUUUAAUUUUAAGUAGGACCUAUCCAGUGUAACCAUGUCCAUCACAACAAAUUCUAUUAUAGUAUUGAUAGGUUAUAAUUAUAGGGCUAAUUAUUAUAAUAAAUAGUCCUGGGCCUAUGAUAGCAUUCAUUUGGCCUACCCUAUGCCUGUUAGAAAUUAAGUUACAUAAAUAAAAAAUUUAAACCCUUUAUAGACUUUAACUAUUCAUUAUCCAAUUUGCAGGUUCUUUCAAUGGGGCGCUCUCUGGUUUCACUGCACAUGAUUUAGGAAGUAUUGCAAUCAAAGAGGCAUUAAAGCGGGCUGGUAUCAGAGGAGAAGAAGUUUCUGAGGUUAUCUUUGGCCAAGUUCUCACAGGAGGUAUGCUCAUUUUCAAAUAAGAUCUGAUUUAUUGUCAUAAAAGUGUCAUUGUGUCUUUAAAAAGUCAGUUUAAAUUGGUCUAAAUUGGGGUAAGUGUUCAGAAAUAUAUGCAAAUAUUUACAUCCUUAAACAUCUGUGCAAGUCAUUUCUCAGUGUGGCAUAUUAUAUUUCACUUUUAUAAGUCAGUCAGUUACUUAUUGAUACCUUGUAUUUACUGCUCUUAAUCACUGUAAUAUAGGCCAAGGCCAGAACCCUGCUCGUCAAGCAUCUGUGAAAGCUGGUAUUCCUUAUUCUGUACCAGCAUGUGGUGUAAAUAUGCUGUGUGGCUCAGGACUGAGAACUGUGAUACUUGGAUCACAAUCCAUCAAAGCAGGAGAUUCUACUAUCGUGGUGGCGGGUGGGCAAGAGAGCAUGAGUAAGGUAAUGAAAUAUUUAGAUUCAAUAAAUGAUCUUAUAUUUAAAAGUCACAGAAGCCACCAUUCUAUUUCUUUGAUGAAAGGGAAAAGACUUAACAUUAAAAAAAAAAAUUAAAAUUAUUAAAAAUUCAAUCUCCAACUGAUUUUAUGGUGUUGAUAUUAAAUAUCAUGAAUUAGAUUAUUUUAAGCUUAAAUUUGAUUAUUUAUUUGUCUGUUUUUUCUAUUUUGGUACCAUAGAGUUGCAAAGUGAAAGAUUGUAACAAAUAAUUGUAAUUGAAAUACUUAGUAGCAAUUUUAAUAAACAACAAUUUUGAUUUGUUGAUAACUUGCACAGAAUUUGUAUUUUUUUAAUGCUAACUUUAACUGUAGGCACCCCACUGUGUUCACAUCAGAGGCGGAACAAAAUUUGGAGAUGCCACUCUGACAGAUACGAUGCUGUUAGAUGGCCUCACGGAUGCCUUCAACAACUAUCAUAUGGGAAUAACGGGUAUGCAGUUGGUUUAGUAAAAACUUUAAAUGAAUCGUGAUUAAUGUUAAUAACCUUAUAGAGUUACUUCUAUAUUUCACCAAGUGUAAAUGUUACUUUUGUUGAGAUCUAGUAAUAGCCAUCCUAAAAAAGUGAUAUUCUGACUUUUUUUAUCAAAAAUACACAUCUUGAAGUAUUUCAUUAUAUUAAUUUGGUACUUAAAUUGACCCACUUAUUAUUGCUCCAUUCAGCUGAGAAUGUGGCUAUCUGGUUAUCCCCCAUUUAUUAUUGUUUUAAUUUGCUGAGAAUGUGGCUAUCUGGCUAUCCUCUGUUUAUCUUUGUUCCAAUCAGCUGAGAAUGUGGCUACACAGUGGAACAUCACAAGAGAAGAACAAAACAAAUUCGCCCUCAACUCGCAGCUCAAAUGUGAGGCUGCCCAGAAAAAUGGCAGCUUUGAACAGGAAAUAGUCCCAGUCAUUGUACAGUCAAGAGAAGGUAAUUUUUCAUGUGCAUUGUAUAGUCAAGGGAAAGUAAUUAUCCAUGUACAUUGUACAGGCAAGGGAAGGUAAAAAGCAUUUAUGCAGAACUUGAAUUAUUUAUUGUUGUUCUUUGGUGUAUGUUGCGUAUUUGAUAGCCUAACAAUAUAUAUAGUUUAUGUGAUCUGUCUGUGCAGUUGUGUCUAACAUUUGGAUACUAUGGAGUUUUCAUGAGUGAAUCAGUUUUCUUGUAUGUCUACUCCAAGAUACCAGUGGAUUUACUAGAGCUUGUGACGCCCAGGGCUAAACUUGUCUUUGCUGUCUAUCUCUCUUGAAAACUGCAGAAUAUACCAAUCAAAGAGAACCAGAUCUUAUAGCAUAUGCAAGGGAAUAAAAUCCCUGACCACAAAAGUGCCCCAUGGGACAUACCACCCUCCCCGACCCCAUCCUCCUAGGACACUGACUGCUAUCAAUUUGUUCCAUUGCUGUUUACUCACUCUUAGUUUUGUAUUUUGUUUUACAUUUUAUAUUAGCAUUCCUAUUUCGUAUUUUCUAUAUAUUUAUAGAUAUUUUUUUCUGUAAACAAAAGACAAUUACUAAGGUCCACUAAUGAAAUCACUACGGUAAUAAAUUUAACAUACUUUUCCAAAGUGACAAAUUUUUUGUUUAAUGGAACAUGUCAGAAAAUAAAUGUUUUCAACCAUUGUCUUCAGGAGCAAAAGAGGUUAAAGUGGACGAGUUCCCAAGGGCAGGUUGUACUUUAGAAGGCCUUCAGAAAUUAAGACCAGCAUUUGCUAAAGAUGGUUCUGUCACGGCUGGAAAUGCUUCAGGUGGGCAAACCCCUGGUUGAUAACAUGCUUUUAUUUGUAGUGCUUUACGUGCCAUCAGAGUUACACAAUCAUAUGAUACAUGCCAUCAUGUGAUUACAUAAUCAUAAUAUGAUACAGGGCCAUUAUUGUUACACAAUCAACCUGUCUCUCUUUCUCAUGGAACAAAUAAAGAUUUUACAUUUCCUUUUUAUCACUUGCCAACUUAAAUUUUUUUUAAACUUUAUUAAUAGUUAGUUCCGUGGAUAAUUAUAACGCUGUCUUACAUCGAUAAAUUUCUUACUACUUAGGUUGUACGUUGGAUUAUAAAUGAUGUAAUUACCUUUAUGUUUGAAAUGAUAGGAAUCAAUGAUGGAGCUGCCGCCAUCAUCCUGUCUAGUCAAGCGGAAGCAACCAGGAGGGGUCUCAAACCAUUGGCUAAAAUAGUUGCAUGGGCGCAAGCUGGUGUGGAUCCAUCUGUCAUGGGAACAGGACCGAUUCCAGCCACCAGGAAAGCUGUGAGUUUUGUUUUCUCUGUUCCAAGGGCUGAAUCAUUCACUGUUAGCCAGAUUGAACAAUGUCAUUACUGUCUGAGAAUGUAAACCAGAUUGAACAAUAACAUUACUGUCUGAGACUGUAACCAGAUUGAAAAAUAACAUUACUGUCUGAGACUGUUGGCCAGAUUGAACAAUAUCAUUACUGACUGAGACUGUAAACCAGAUUGAACAAUAUCAUUACUGGCUGAGACUGUAACCAGAUUGAACAAUAUCAUUACUGGCUGAGACUGUAACCAGAUUGAACAAUAUCAUUACUGUCUGAGACUGUAAACCAGAUUGAACAAUAUCAUUAGUGUCUGAGACUGUAAACCAGAUUGAACAAUAUCAUUACUGUCUGAGACUGUAAACCAGAUUGAACAAUAACUAUACUGUCUGAGACUGUAAACUAGGGUUUACAAAUACCUACCAGCAAAUCUUGUGCAAAUUAUGUGCACAUUUCAGUGCUGUAAGAUAAAGUUCAUGUGUAAAUGAUACACCCGUAUUGUGUCAGGUGUUACUAUACUUUUAUGAGGAUUGAAGUCAAACAUUUUAACAAUCAAUGUCAUAGCUAUAAUUUUGGGGAAAUUUUGUAAUGCGCUAUUAAUAUUGUAGAGUGAAUUCCCUGUCAUAAAGCUGCUGUAUAGCUGCACCUUAAUAAGAAGACAGAUACUAUAGUCACUGGAGGGCACUGUUCUGGUCUAUUGGCUCAGCUGAUGGGAAGAGGUCUAUUGGCUGAGCUGAUGGGAAUAGGUCUAUUGGCUGAGCUGAUAGGAAGAAGUCUAAGUCUGUUGAGAUUUAUGAUGAAUACUAAUACUAGGCCAAAAGUAUACUUUUUUUUUGUAUUCACGAAAAAUAAACUUUUCCUCAAAAGAAUUACAACUUGUGUUCUCUUGUAGCUUGAGAGUGCAGGCUGGCAACUGGAAGAUGUGGAUCUGUUUGAACUCAAUGAAGCAUUUGCAGCACAGUCUUUAGCAGUUGUGAAAGACUUGGGUUGUGACCCGGCUAAGGUGUGUACUCAUUCUGUAUUAAGUUGUAACGUCAAUUAUGAAAAUUAAUGGGAUGGGAUUGCAAAGGAGAAUAAAUACAACUAAAUUGAUAGAACAUAAAAAUGAGAGUCGUAGGGGACUGGUGGCCUCAGGUUAUGUCCCCAGCCCCCCAUGUGAGCGCUAGUCUGGUCUAAUAGUUACUAAACCAAGACAUUAACAUUAUUCGAAUCAGAUCUUGAUAUUCAGCGUGGCUAAAAAAUUUGUUUGCUGUAAUUAACCUUAUAACUGCCAUAACCGCAGAUCAGCGGCUGUUAAACCCUUUUCUGUGGUGUCACUGCCCAUUAUUUUGAUGUACCGGUAUGUUGGUUAAGGGGAAAUCACUCAAUGUAAAAGAGUUUGCUUCCCAUUUCUGUUUCUUUCUGUGUUAACAUGCUUUUAUCGUGGGAUGUUUUGUGUGUGUGUGAAAGUUGCUGAGUUGGUUAGUUUUGUCUGCCCCUCUUUUCUAGCUUGUAUAAUGAACACAGACUUUUUAUUGGAAUUAUUGCAAACGGAUUAAAAUGAAAGCAAUUAUUUCAGAUAUUCCAUGUGCUAGUAAUGACAUUAUCAGUGAUGGCAACACGGAUGGAGUCAGAUAUUGACAAUUUUAGCGCUAAGCUUAGUCGUAUUGUUACAGACAAAUUUGUUUGGGAAGAGAUGGAAGUCGAAAAGAAAAGACAAAGAUUGGGUACCAAAGACUUACCCUCUUACCUUGACAUUAUGUUUGCGUACCUUCUGGAGUAUUUAUUAAUUUUUAAAAAAAAAUAUAAUAACUUCAAUUGAAAGAAAUUUUUGAACUCAUUUUGUUCCUUUCCCCUUGUGUUUCAUCCCUUUCCCCUUGUGUUUUAUCCCUUUCCCCGUGUGUUUUGUAUGAUAGACUUUGGAGGAAGUGAAUGGACAAAACUCACCAAUAUUACAAUUUCCAAUAUAAGUUCCCAUAACUUGACAUUAUCUGAAAGAAUAGUGCUUCUUGUAUCUCAAAAACUUGAUUUUAUUAUAGUUAGAAGAAUUUGUGGAGUAUUAGGUUUAAUUAAAUUCAGAAGUUGUGUUGUAAAAUUUUACUCACUCUGUAAGUUCAAGGUCAAUAUCAAAAUAUAUAAAAUAUAAAAACAAAUUCUUGUUCCUAUGUCAUUUCAGAAAAUAUAUACCUAUAAGAAUCUCUGAAUUCAUUUAGUAUGGGAUUUUGUCACUAUUAACAAGCAUAUGAAAAUGCUAAAAAUGGCUUGACACAAGAGAAAAAUUCACUUUACAGUCAUAGUUAUAGGGUUAAGUUUAGUCCAUCAUACAUCUUCUCAGUCUUAGCGAUAUGAAUUGUUGCUGAUACCCUGUCAGAAUGGACUUCAUGGUCAGCCAACCAUUUGGUGUGGUCUAAAAUAAUUGGUUACUCUCUUGAUACAAAGUUUAGUAAUAAAAAAAACAAAAUUAAACAACCCAACAAAAAGUUUUUUGUUACAACCCUUUAUAUGCAUUUGUGUUUGCUUUGAUGUAACUGUGUGUGAUUUAUCAUUAAUUAGGAAGUGGUUAUGUCAAUGGGUAAACUUCUAAAGAAAACCCGUUUCACAUGUCCUUCAUUUUCGUUUUCUAAAAUUGCUGUAUACCCAAAUACAUCACAAAUACAAAGCCCAUAGCAACAUCUGCACAAUUAAUCAUUUAACCAACACACACCCAUUGAAAAAACAUUCCUCCCCUCUGGAAAAAUUUAUUUACGGGGGUGAAAAUUGAUCGAUUGUGUUGUCAUUGAGUCUAUGUACCAAUUUUCAACUCGAUAGGAUGACGGGAAGUGGGUCAAUUAGCCUUCCGAAUACUUUGCCACAAACACAUGGAACAAAAGCAAAGCUAAAAAAAUAAAGGAUUUAAGAAGUAAAAGCUGUUUAAAAAAAAUUGUUUCCAUUGAAAUGAUUGAAUUAAUGGAGCCUUCUGUUAGCUCAGCAGUUAUCAACAUGUGGGUCUCAACCCCUUUCGGGAUCAAACAAUGCUUAUACAGGGGUGGCUAAGAGAUAUUUAUGAAGAAGCAAUAAAAAUAUGGUAGGGGGGUCAUCACAACAUGAACUGUAUUAAAAAGUUAUGGCCUUAGGAAUGUUGAGAAACACUGUGUUAGAAAGACCAGUGUAAUGUAUCUUACCUGCUUGUUACAGCAUUUUGCCAUAGUCCCAUGUAAUCUAUCUCACCUGCUUGUUACAGUGAUGUGCCAUUUAUAGUUAACUUAAGUUGAAAAUGAAAUUAAACUUUAUUUUAUUAAUGACAAUGAUCUGUGCUCACCAGUAAUGAUUUAUUUCCCCAUGUCAUGCUCAAGGCAGAAUUAAUUGUCUAAGUUAUAGCAUAAUUUUUCUUUUUUGCAAGUCAUUGUGAGUUCAUAUCUUGUGUAGUUGAUAAAAGAUUGUCAUCAUUAAAUGUUGACCCUUGAGUUGAUUUGUUGUGUAGUUGAUCAAAGAUUGUUAUCAAAUGAAUUUUCUCAAUUUCCAGGUCAAUGUUAAUGGUGGUGCCAUAGCCCUUGGUCAUCCUAUUGGAGCCUCAGGUGCCAGGAUCUUGACCACGCUGAUCUAUGCUCUCAUAGCUCACAAUAAAAAGAAGGGUGUGGCUGCUUUGUGUGUAGGGGGUGGGAUGGGCAUAGCCAUCUGUGUGGAGAACUUGUCUGCCAGUUAAACUCAUUGUCUGCAAUCAUAUGUCAGGGAGCCGUCAUUUCACAGAAUCAUUUUGUCAGAACACCUAUUUAAAUUUGUUUGCAUGCUUUUCAGAGAGACAGAAUUAACACAUGAGUGAAGUGAAUAUUGAAUGUGAUGAAUGUCUGACUAUUGACAUUCCAUCUGCAACUUUCAUCCUCCAUCUGAGUAGCAAUCAAGAGGCCAUGACAUCUACCAGCAUCAUGUGGCUAUAUUUGUGUUUGGUUUCAGUACUUGAAGACAGUUGAAAAAUUGCAGUAGACCACAGAAGAAGGGUUUGAAUGAAUGUAUUGGGCCUGAUUACUGGUGACACCAACACAUUAAUUCAUUAUGUAUAGUUUAAAGUGUUACUUUUACCAGGGAAUGUUUUUGACCAGGUCUUUGCUUUUAUCAUAUCAAUAAUGGGGAAGUUGCAUGGUUAUUAUACAUUUAAAAAAAUUCUUCUGGGGCCAGACUGCUUCAAUCAAAAUAGUGGACUCUGUAGAAAAUGACUAUGAAAUUACUUAAUUUAAAUCAGGCCAGCACCCACUUGGCGGCCGCGAAAUAACGAAGUAUUUUCUUAAUAGCUUUCCCCCUGUCCUAUCAUCUUUUGGCCCGCUCAAGCUUUUUAUUAAGUAUUACGGCCCGCACAAGUUUUUCAUGAAGUAAUACGGUCCGCCUUACAUUUUGAGUUGUGCAGGCCUGAUGAUUUAAAUGAUAUUCAUUGAAAGAUGAAAAAGUUCAAGAAGCUCAAGUUCUAUGUCUCCAAGUGAAUGAAUUUUUAUGUGUACAUUUUUUACUUUGUACAAAUUGUUCCUACCACACAGUUCUGUCAAAGAAUAAAACCAAGACAAUAGCAGAUUUCACAAUUGUAUAAUUUUCACAAUUUGGAAUGUGUACUACAACAAGGGUACAAUAUAUAAAAGACCUGGGUGCCAAAAAUCUCAUAGGCAAUGUAUCAUCUUCACAAACAGCAUAUUUAAUUUACAGUCUUUUUAGUUGGCUAAACUGAUAAAACAGAAAUGUAAAACCAUUGAAUUUGAAAGCACUUAAUGUAAAGAUAUAGUAUGCAACAUCUAAUGCCAUGUAUGAUGGUAUUGUAAAAAAUCUUUUCAAAUAAAAUUACAUUUUUUAAAAAGCCUGUUUUGUGUGUGGUUCCUUAAAAUGUGUAAUUCAGGAGAUACUAAACCAAUGUUUGUAGUUCAGCAAGUUAGGAGAUACUAAACCAAUGUUUGUAGUUCAGCAAGUUAGGAGAUACUAAACCAAUGUUUGUAGUUCAGCAAGUUAGCAGAUACUAAACUAAUGUUUGUAGUUCAGCAAGUUAGGAGAUACUAAACCAAUGUUUGUAGUUCAGCAAGUUAGGAGAUAACAAACCAAUGUUUGUAGUUCAGCAAGUUAGCAGAUACUAAACCAAUGUUUGUAGUUUAACAUCAGCAGACUCAUCAUGUGCUUAAUUUCUGACUGAGCUACAACCAGCAUCCAUUAUAACUUUGUAGUUGAUUUAACAGUGCUUUUAUUGGUUUGUAGUAGCGCAUCCCCUGUUGUGUCCCUACGUACUCUGGCAGCAUUUGAAAACCAAAGUUAGGCCAUGUAGUUGGUUAAAGGAAUUAAUUGAAAUCCUACGACUCGUAAACCUGAAAAGUUCUCAAACAUACAAUACAAAAUGUUGUCAAAGCACAUACUACCAAAAAUUGUUUAAAAUAUUGAGAGUCCGGCACACUGCCUAGAAAUAUCCCAAGUAAAAGUUUUCAACAAUAAAUUCAAAAUAUGAAGCCAAGCACACACACAACUUAAGUCUGUCAUAAAUUUAUCCAAAUUAGAAUGACACUUCUUCAAAUGAAUUAGACUUGCUAUGAGACCUCAUGCAGAAAUACAACAUUAAAACAAGGCCCAAAUGAUAGACAGAACCACUUGGAAUGUUUGGGUUUUGCUAGUAUAAACAAUUGUGGAUAUGAUUUUAAAUCCAUACCAACUUCUAAACUACAUUUAUAAAGGACAAAUAUCUAUUAGUAGAGCCGUAAUGGAGUAAUAAAUAUCUAUUAGUAGAGCCCUAAUGGAGGUAAUGGUUAGCACGUCACAAAUUUAGACUUAUAAGAUAUAAAGAUGUACUUAACUAGGGUGGCACUCUAAUGUUAGUGAUCUCAUGGCAGAGAUUUAUGAUGACUGGUAGUAGUCCCACAUUUUAGUAGCACAACCAUGGCACCUUCCUAACUUAACAUGCUGCUCCUGUCAUUUGGGCCCAAAACCCAUAACAUGUGCAUCAUAUGUAUAAAGAAAAUUUUACAUGUGGCCGAGAGUGAAAACUGCAGAGAACUAAACACUAGUGGCUGGCAACGACAAAAGAAGCCAGAGCUUAAUAUAGACUACUGUAUAAAACAUUCAUUGUGCAGCGGUUGGUCACAAUUGAACAAAAGAUUUGGUCUUAAAAAUAAACAACACUUAGUUAACGGUUUGCUAACAUUGAACAAUUAUUCUAAAUAAAAAAACACAACUGAUUAUUAUCAAAAGAUAAAAAUAAAAUGUUUCCAAAUGUCACA